UCCUGUGACGUCAGCUGAAUCUUCAUGAUUGAUUUAUGACCAUUACAUUUGAAAUUUACUACACAAAAUGGAAUUGGUACCAGUUAUUUCCGGAAGACCGCAUUACAUAAUAGGUGUAAUAUUAAUAAGUAUACAGUCCAUAACGAUAUCACAGGCACCAGUGGAUGGUGGAUGGAGUGCCUGGUCAAAAGCGGGGACUGGGUCCUGUAGCGUCACGUGUGGUCCGGGCAGCGGCGUCCUGCCGGUAUAUUACAACCGGUCAUGCGAUAACCCCGCUCCACAGAACGGCGGACGUGCGUGUGUCGGAGAGAUCGGGGGAAACGUUACAGUACCAUGCAGCAUGAACGUUACCUGUCAUGAAACCAGACGAAGUAUAUUGCGGUACCUUCCACAUUUCAUAUUAGGACUCGGAAUUGCCUUCACCCUAAGUAUCGUCGUUAGUGUCGCCUACGUGACUUGCAGAUACUCGGCUCCAGUUGCAUUCUGGGAAACUCAUCCAGAAUCUCAUUCAUACAAACAAGUACCUCUGGCUUCAGAGACCUCUCAAAACGUGUCCUCGCAUUCCGAGAAACUCCUCGAAGAUGAAGGUAACAGCUUGAAUGAUGUGGCCACGGCAUCAAGGUCAAGGUCAACAUUUCCCAUGAUGAUUUCCAGCCUGAAUUUCGGACUGACGGAGAGCCAACAAGGAACGUGCAAACGAAUGUUGGGAUCAUGUCCAUGUUCCCUCAGGGAACCUUAACCCGAACCUGAACAAAGAGUUGGGGGAACCAUAAGCGUACGAGACAGGGGCAGGGGGUAUGCAACUGCCCCCCCCCCCCCCCCCCCCACCCAAGUGCUGGAGCAAAACAUCAAAUUCAGGCAAAAAUGGUAAAAAUAUUUGGGCAAAAUGU